AUGUAUACGCUUUUACGAGAUUUGGUUGCAUCUUAUACGCGCAAACCAGAAUAUGGCGUACUGAUUCUUGGCUUGGAUAAUGCUGGCAAAACUACGCUCCUUGAACGUAUGAAGAGUGUGAGUGGUGCUCCUUCUCUCGCAGCAGAGAAGAUAACACCAACGGUGGGCCAGAAUGUGGGGAAGCUAGUCAUCAAGAGGACGAAACUGACAUGCUGGGACCUUGGUGGUCAGACAGCGCUACGGCCGCUUUGGCAGCGUUAUUUCUCUGAAGCACACAUUAUUGUCUUCAUUGUUGAUGCAUCUAGCCCAGAGCGUCUGUCAGAGUCAUCGAGUGUUCUAGAGGAUAUUGCAGGGGAUAUUUCUGGGAUUCCGAUCUUAGUGCUGGCCAAUAAGCAGGAUCAGGAAGAGGCUAUGGCGCUAGUAGACAUCAAGGAGGCAAUCAACCCAAUCAUCGAACAGAUUGAUCCUCGCGAGGGUGGCAUACUGGGCUGCUCGGCACUUAGAGGAGAUGGAGUAGCAGAGGCACUCGAGUGGAUCUACUCACGAGUGACGCGUAAUGCGAAGGAGAGGCCGCCGUUGAUGCGGUAG